AUCAGAAACCGCUAUUCUAACUGACCUGUAAAACCUCCCGGUGAGCGAUCCUGAUUCCAGCCAAUCAGAGAGUGGCGUUUGCACAGCGUGAUUUGCAAGACAGCGUCUAUAAUAACACCGGUUCCUAAACUGCACCCUCACCCUCGAAUCAACAUGCCUGAACCAGCCAAGUCCGCACCCAAGAAGGGGUCAAAGAAAGCAGUCACCAAGUCUGCCGGCAAGCCGGGACGUAGACGAAAGAAGGGGAGGAAGGAAAGCUAUGCCAUCUACGUCUACAAGGUGCUCAAGCAGGUUCAUCCCGAUACUGGGAUUUCUUCCAAGGCGAUGAGUAUCAUGAACUCCUUCGUGAACGAUAUUUUUGAGCGCAUCGCAUCCGAGGCAUCUCGUCUGGCUCAUUACAACAAGCGCUCGACCAUCUCGUCCCGGGAGAUCCAGACUGCUGUGCGCCUCUUGCUGCCUGGCGAACUGGCCAAGCACGCCGUGUCUGAGGGUACCAAAGCUGUCACCAAGUAUACCAGCUCAAAGUAAAUUGACUUUAGGUCAACAACACAACGGCUCUUUUAAGAGCCACCCACCUUCUUUCAAGAGCGUGCUUUCCUUUUUACUACUCUUAUGCAGAUCCGCGCCUAUUAUCGACGCUUGUGGCUGGCGGGGUUGAGCUAUUAUUUGCUUCAAGGCAUUGCUGAACCAAAAGCAAUUAUGGACUAGCUCGUUAUUAACAGAUUAAAGAACUAACUUUAUCCUU